GACCCCAACUGAUGAAUGGACUCGCAAGAAACACGUAAAGCCUUUGUAUUAUGUAUACAAAUAGAAAUACAUGUACAAGCAGUUGGUGAAAGACAGGGGGAGGUGAAGAUGUUUGAGAAUAUAACAGCAAGUGAAGUAGCAGGCUAUGGAGUGGGUGCUCUUCUCUUAUAUACAACUCUCUCUGCUACCAAAAUUGAUUCUGUCAUUUCUACUUCCCAGCGCAGCUCUCUUGGUAUGUGCAAAAGAUGCGGCGACCUUAAGUUGAUUGCUUGCUCAAAAUGCAAGGGACAAGGAAUUAUCAGAGAAAACAUGUUUUUUAAUUUUAAUGCUAUGGAUGAUCUCUCUCAGUCAUUUGGUGGCAACUCCAGGAAGGGAUCUCUGUCUUGUAAAAAUUGCAGGGCCAGAGGACACUUUAGCUGCCCGGAAUGUUCUAAGGCAUCUCAAUCUUGAUACUAUUUUAUUCCUUUUAUUUUUCUCAGUUAUAUAGAUCUCACUUCAAUUAAACUGCGUUGUGCCUUGAAAGGUUUUUAUUGCUCUUGUUUUUAUUUCUCUUCCAAAUAUGAUGAUGUCAUGAACCUAAAUCAUUUUUUCAUAAUAAUAUAAUAAAUAGCUCAUAGUAAA